UCGUUCCGUUUUAAACGCUCAUUUUAUACAAUUCACUGAUACCCAAAUGAAAUUGUUUAGCUUAACGUAGUUUUACUCAUUAGGCUGAGAUGUAACCACUUAAAAAACUCAAGAAUCUUGAAAUAAGGCAGCAUAGCUACCUGCUGAGUAUUUUAUCGAAAACCAAAGACGAUAACUUCAUAACAGAAACUCUAUAAAAUAUAUAUAUGAAAUUCUGUUCAUUUACUACUUCCACCUACAAGCCUUGCUAUUUAAGUCCCGUAUUUUAGACGAAUUAGUGAUGUUUUGCUUUCCUAUUUACUUACUGAAUUUGAAACCAUCCCACUAAUGGAAAUUGGGUUAUAUUUCCAAAGCUUUUUUAUUAUUAAUAAUUAUUUUUCUUUCUUUUCUUUUCUUUUAUUCUUUAUUUUAUUUUAAUUUUUUUCUUUUCUAUUAUUUCAAUACCUUCUUGCCGUCAACAACAGUUGUGUAUGAAUACGUUUCUUACCAUUAAGAAUCAUUCUUCCGUUACUCAGCAAGUGGUCACUUGACUCUUUUCCUUUACCAAAAACUAGCUGAAGAGUAGUCAGCUUUUUAAAAGAAAACAGAGGAGCUCUCUUUUAUAUAUCUUUUGAUCAAAAGGUAUACAUCUUCCGUCUCUUUUUGUUUGGGAACGUUCAGACGUAGUUUCAAGAGAGGUUGAUACUAGUGGUCUGCUCCCAAAAAAAAGAAACAAUCUCAAUAGCAACGAUAUAGUUCAAUUAAAUAAAACCACUAUAGUUCUUGAUACGUUCGACUUCUUUACUUAUUUUUGGAUCUAUUCAGCAACAGCGUUUGAUUUGCAUUAACGAUUGAUUUAACGAUGUCAGAAUUAACCGGUUCCAGAGCUGAUAUAGACCGCUGGAUUGAGCAGCUGUCGAAAUGUGAGCCUCUUUCUGAAGAUGAUAUUUAUCAAAUGUGUGAAUUGGCCAAAGGUGUCUUAGCUAAUGAGUCGAAUGUGCAAAGUGUACGAUGCCCUGUAACUGUAUGUGGUGAUAUCCAUGGACAAUUUCAUGAUCUACAAGAGCUGUUUAAUAUUGGAGGACAUUCUCCUGAUACAAACUAUUUAUUUAUGGGUGACUAUGUGGAUAGGGGAUACCACAGUGUAGAAACCGUCUCAUUGCUCGUAGCGCUCAAAAUACGAUUUCCUCACCGCAUUACCAUUCUUCGUGGUAACCAUGAGUCUCGGCAAAUUACUCAAGUUUAUGGAUUUUAUGAUGAAUGUCUUCGCAAAUAUGGCAAUGCCAAUAUAUGGCAAUGCUUUACUGAUCUCUUUGAUUAUUUGCCUUUAACAGCCUUAAUAGAAGACAAAAUUUUCUGCAUGCAUGGAGGUUUAUCUCCUAGCAUUGAUACCUUAGAUCAUAUCCGAAUCCUUGACCGUAUCCAAGAAAUACCACACGAGGGCCCCAUAUGUGAUCUUUUAUGGUCAGAUCCGGAGGAUCGUCCCGGAUGGGGAAUUUCACCUCGCGGUGCUGGCUACACGUUUGGACCAGAUAUCGCCGAAACAUUCAAUCACAACAAUGGCUUGGACUUGAUUGCCAGAGCUCAUCAAUUAGUAAUGGAGGGCUACAAUUGGACAAAUAGCCAUAAUGUAGUAACGAUUUUCUCGGCACCCAACUAUUGCUAUCGUUGUGGAAAUCAAGCAGCUAUCAUGGGGAUCGACGACCAUAUAAAUUAUGCCUUCAUCCAAUAUGAAACGGCUCCUAGAAAAGAAGAAUUGAGAGUUACAAGAAGGACACCAGAUUACUUUUUAUAAUUCUUUUAUUCUUACUCUUACCCCUACCCCUAUGACCUUAUGAUAGUGUUUGGCAACUCGUUGUUAAUUUAUUCAAUUGUUCUUCUUCAUGCUUUAUUUAAUAAACAAAGCUUCCAACCGACAGUGUAUACUAGGAAACUAGUACACGUAAUUCUUAUAAUCUGUGAUAUUAUUUGCCUAGUCUUAUAAUUGAGACACAUCAUGUAAUAUAGUCUAAAAGGAAGUUUGCAGAUAAAAAGCCAAUUUUACAGUUCUAAAAAAAGAUUGAACGAACCUCUGAUUUCGAUGUGUUGUAUAUUUCCCGACUCCUUGCAACAGCUACAUAAUCAUCGUGACAUUUAAGACAUGUCUAAAUAAGACAAGGAGAGAUAAACAUUAGUAUCAUGACAAUUCAUUAUUCAUAUAAAAAAUCCGCUUGUAAAGAAUAUUUAGUUCAUUAC